GGGCUGCCUUCCGGCCCGGUACCGCUUGGCCGGGCGGCUGCAGGCAGCGGCGGGCCCCGCGGGUCCUGGGGCGGCUCGGCUCGGCCGCGGCCUCCCCCUCUCCGCCCCGGGGAUCCCCUCCCCGCCUCACCCCCUAAUCUCCCGGCCCUCUCCGCCGGGCCCCACCGUGACAAGCACCGCGUCUCCCCUCAGCCCACCCACCCCAUCUCGGUCAGGCACCGGGGCCUUGUGGGGGCAUCGACCUCUUCAGAGCGGGGGUCGCGGUAUCCCCUGCUUCCUUCUCCCACCGGGAUCGGGCUGGCUCUACCCGGCAUCACCCCUUGGGUUUUCCCCACCUCUGCCUUUGGUGGCUCUUUGCCCGCCGGUUGUCGGCCGUCCCCGGGUCCCCCAUCCCGCCCCCAGGUCCCUCAUCUCGUGCCGUUGGUGUCGCUGAGGUUACCCCCAGCCCCCCCCCCCCCCCCCCCCCCCCCCCCCCCCCGUCUUUCCCCCUAGUUUGGCGAAGGCCUGCCCAGGCCCCUGCCCUUUCGCUCGCCGGCAUGGAGUUUGCGGAGCUGAUCAAGACCCCGCGAGCAGACAACGUGGCCCUGCACCGCCCUUUCUACCCGGCUGUGGAGGGGACCCUCUGUCUGACCGGCCAUCACCUUAUUUUCUCAUCACGGCGUCAAGAUAAUGCCGAGGAGCUGUGGCUGCUGCACUCCAACAUUGAUUCCAUUGAAAAGAGGUUCGUGGGCUCAUUGGGUACCAUCAUUAUAAAAUGCAAAGAUCUGCGAAUUAUUCAGCUGGAUAUACCCGGAAUGGAGGAGUGUUUGAACAUUGCUAGCUCUAUUGAGGCGCUUUCCACCCUGGAUUCCGUCACCCUCAUGUAUCCCUUCUUCUACCGGCCCAUGUUUGAAAUCGUUGAAGAUGGCUGGCGCUCCUUUCUGCCUGACCAAGAGUUUGAGCUCCUCAGCUCAGUGACAGAUGAAUGGCGUCUAAGCUGCAUCAAUAAGGAAUUCUCUGUCUGUCCCUCCUACCCUCCGGUUGUCAUUGUCCCCAAAUCCAUCGAUGAUGAAGCCCUUCGGAAAGUUGCCAUGUUUCGCCACGGCAGUCGCUUCCCAGUCCUCAGCUAUUAUCAUAAGAAGAACGGGAUGGUCAUGAUGCGAAGUAGCCAGCCUCUUACAGGUACGAAUGGAAGACGGUGUAAAGAAGACGAGAAGCUGAUUAACGCCACGCUACGGCCUGGCAAGCGCGGCUACAUCAUUGAUACAAGGUCCUUAAACGUCGCCCAGCAGGCCAGGGCCAAAGGAGGGGGCUUUGAGCAAGAAGCCCACUAUCCCCAGUGGAGGAGGAUUCACAAAUGCAUUGAGAGGUUUCAUAUUCUACAGGAAAGCCUCAUCAAACUUGUGGAAGCUUGUAAUGACCAGUCGCACAACAUGGACCGCUGGCUCAGUAAACUGGAAGCUUCCAACUGGCUGACUCACAUCAAGGAGAUACUAACUGCGGCUUGUCUGGCUGCUCAGUGUAUUGACAGGGAAGGUGCAUCAGUGUUAGUCCAUGGGACCGAAGGAACUGAUUCGACACUCCAGGUAACGUCUCUGGCACAGAUUAUCUUGGAUCCAAGGUGCAGGACCAUACAUGGCUUUGAAUCUUUGGUUGUGAGGGAGUGGCUGCAGGCUGGUCACCCUUUUCAGCAGCGCUGUGCCCAAUCAGCCUAUUCAAAUAGCAAGCAGAAAUGGGAGGCCCCGGUGUUUCUCCUCUUUUUGGACUGUGUGUGGCAAAUCCUUCGUCAGUUCCCUUGCUCUUUUGAAUUCAACGAACAGUUCCUCAUUAUGCUCUUUGAACACGCUUAUGCUUCGCAGUUUGGGACUUUCCUGGGAAAUAACGAAAAUGAAAGGUCUAAAUUGAAGCUGCCGCAAAAGACUAUGUCCCUGUGGUCCUGGGUGAACAGAUCUGAAGAGCUGAGCAAGUUCCAGAAUCCUCUUUUUGAGGCCAACAGCCUUGUCAUCUGGCCCUCGGUUGCCCCGCAGAGCCUGCAGCUCUGGGAAGGUGUCUUUCUUCGGUGGAACAGGCCUUCCAAGUUCCUCGAUGAAGCCCAGGAAGAAAUGAUCAGCAUUAUAAGAUACAACAAGGAACUUCAGGCGAAGGUUAACGCCUUGAGGAGGCAGCUAGCAGAGAUGGAAACAGAUGAGAGGAUGCAGGAGAACCUGUGAGCUGGCAGGGCUUUGCCUCAGGUCUUUCCUUUCCAGUCCCUUUGACCUUAAAGACUGAACAUGGAAAGUGCAUGUAUUGCAGAGGUACAGUCGACCCUCGGUCCUCCCACUUCACACUAUGUACCUCCCUGCUUUUUGGGGGGGGAUUUCUGUUUUGUUUACAGAAGACACACACAACUGGGCGUAGUGUCCUCUCUUGGCAGCUUUUCUGUCUAGAAAUUGUGUACCGUGUCAGCAGAAGCUGGAACUCUUACCUCCACCCAACCACAUGGAUAACCAGGAUGGGCCAAGAGACGGGAUGCUUCAAAUUUCUUUUGGACUUUUUCUGGUUUCGUUGAACUCUCUAAACACUCGACAGGAUUAAAAUGCGAAGUCACGUACAGAUAGGUAAAGGCAUUUUGUCCAAAAGCACUUUUCUCCAAGAGUAAGUAAGGCAGCUUAGUUCUUUAGUUUCCUAGAAAAACUAGAAAAUGGUAUGAUGUUACUACAGGUUCUGCCAGUCUAUAUGAUACUCUCAGUAGCCUUCACACCUAACACUUGGAUUUUUGUGUUAAGCAUUGGCUUGGGAGCAGUAAGUUGAAUACCAAACCACAGCAAGACACUUUGGUGCAAUACAGAAGUAGGGAUUCUGCUGCUAAUGUUUAAGCCAUGACCUUCAGGUGGAAUUGCCCCUUGUGGACAAAUAUCUCCUAAGGAAUAACAAACUCUUCUUAUUCUACCUGGAUAACAGAAAGGUUUAGUAGCUGGCGGAGGUGUUUGCUUGCAAAACAGCGGCUCAGAGCUGCCCUUCUAACUAGAGCCAAGCUGCGCUCUUGAAACUUGGGGUUGCGCUGGCAGGUUUUGUUCACUUGAACAAGGUUCACGGCAUUGCCAGGGUGCGCGAGCAGCACUUAAUCUACAGCUCGACAAAACACUUUUGCUCCACCUGGGGCGCUUUUUCCUCUCCUGCUCUUACUCCAUGUUUUGUGAGACUUCAGAAGUUGGAAGUUAAGGUGGUCUCACUUUUCAGGUAGCUGCUGCAGGUUAAGAGACUGCCGCAUCACACAAAAAUACUAAUAGUUUAGGUCAUUUGUAGCUGCUAAAACUGCUUAAAGACUUUAGGGAUAAGCGUUGGGUUUUUUCCCAAGUAACUCUGUAUUUUGUAGCUGAUCUUUGUGUUUCGGUGACCACGAUCUGCUUUUAUAAAAUCAGGUUUUGCUCGAGAUUUUUUUUUUUUUUCCUCUCCUUUAAAAAGACAGGUGAGAGUGGGUCUGAAACAUUACCUCGCCUAGGCAUUUGUUCAGCUUGGUUCCGUUGGUGGCUGUUCGCGACUGAGAAGACUUGAAUUAACAACAGCUCAUGUGGCUGGGAUUAUCUGAAAAGGUGCUUGCUGUUAGCCUGCUCCUACUGAAAUGAGCGGAGCUGCGUUAGGUCAGCGUUGAUCUCUUUGGAAACCGUUGAGCUUCCGUCACACUUGAUGCUGGUUUGGAAUGAAGCCGCCUUUAUUUCAAAGCCGUUUCACAUAAAGAUAGAUACAUGUGAUAAUGCAGGAUGUUUAGUCGUCAUAGAAGUAUCUGGGGAGUAAUCUUCUGCAAAAAUCAUGUAUCCACUAAAUAUACUCUAAGAAAAGUUCUAUAACCAAGGAAGCUAUAUAAAAUUAUUUGAUAGUGAUUAAGUGCUACCCGAAUGCCUUUUGCUUCGGUCCUUAUUUCCUUAAUUAUUUUCAUCUCGACUAACCUAAACUUAGGCCUGAAGUGACCUGGCUUAAAAAAUAAAAAGAUCCCUUUUAAACCGUUGUUUGCGUAAGGCAGGAGAGUAAUUCCCCCUACUUGUAAUAAUACCAAUUUCUUUUUAAGUUUGGAGAGCGAUGGACUUGUCAGAUUUGAUUUAGCAAACGCAGGGGCCGCUGCUCGGGGCGGCUGGUGAUCUGUAGUGAGUAGCAGGGGAGGCACAAGUCGGCCAUGCCACCUUCCCACCUCCGGACGCUGGUUUCUGGAGCUGCCUUCUGGCUAUGUUGCAAAUAUAAGCCCUUAAAAUUACUGCUCGCCCUCUUUAAAAUCAUGCCGGUGGGAUCUGCACCUGCCUGGAUGUUGUUUUUCCCCAUCCAAUUCACAAUUUCUGCUGUUCCUCUGCAUCUGAAACGCGUUCUCACCAGCCAGAUGGGAAGGAUUCAGAAGGCGCUAUUUUCCUCAUAAUAGACUAUACAUAAAACACACUUAAAGGUUAUGUAAUUUCCUAACAUAGUAAUUAUAUAUUGAGCUAAAUAAUAGAGAAGCAAAGAGGGGUUGGGCUUUUUUUUUUUUUUUUUUGGAUCUAAUUGCCUGGCUGCUCUAGUCUCUCAUGCAAACUGCAGGCGUCGGAGGAAAUUGGGUAACCAGCUGUGACAGCGAACAAAAGGCAGAAAAUUCUCUCCGAGCAAGCGUUUCAUCCUCCCCUUGUGCUUCGGGACCGAAAGCCAUGCAUUUGCCUUGGUGGUGGCAUGGGUCACAGCCUUCGUGUGACGAUGUCAGUGUCGUUCUGAGCAGUUUCUUCUCCGAUUCCUCUGCCCUGUAUCACCUUGUGGUCGCUGCAGGAGCUCAAGUUAACCUGCAAAUAAUCACCUUCACGAGAUGUUACCUGGAGCGGUACUGCACGUGGUGGGGUUGAGGCAAGAUGUGUGGACCCUUCCAGGUCCUCCUGGGAGCAGACGGGUCUUGCGUCAGGCUACUUGCACGUUCUUUCCUCACCUUUUCAUUCCCAGUUCAUCCCAGGCUCCAGUCUGGUGGUUGCUGGUGUACUACACAGCAGAGCGCUCCAGUUCUUUGCUUACCUGCAUGUCCACUGUAUUUAUUCAUGUGUUUAAUGCUAACGAUGGGCUUGCUUCCUCUUAGAGGGGGAGAAAUGCUGGAUUCUGCCCCGUGAAGUGGCUGACACCCAGUUUUGAGGAUGUCCUGCGUCAUCCCGAGCUGUAAGCACCACAGCAGUGCCCAGCUCGGGCUCUUCAGCCUGACGCUGCCUUAUACUCUCGCUGACACCCCUGCUUCUGCUCUUUUUGCACAUAAAUAUUUGUGUGAUAAUAAGCUGGACGCUGAGGACCCCCCCCACCCCCCCCCUCCUCUCCCAAACUCUGGGGUCAAUCAACGCGGAAACUCUACCAAAAAAAAAAAAUCAUAAAAGGGAAAAGGAACUAACUUGCACAGUUUUCAUAAGGGAAAUAUGGACCUUCAAUCUUUUGAUUGUAUUGAUCUAACUCUUGAAUGUGGCGACCGGUUGAAGCGCACUGUUGUCCAUGUUGCAUAUGGUGUUAACUUAAAUUGCACUGUACAGCGUAUUGGCGUCUAAUGUAAGCUUUGCUGAAGCCUCGGAAAGCGCUGGCGUCUGCGGGUGCCUGUAGGAGGGAAAAUGUCUGUGCUCGCACUCCCUUUCUUUGUAUCUGUGACACUGAGUAGCACUGUGUGACGUGCGCUAUGUAUCCGUUAAAUAGUACGAAAUCAAGUGAUGAGUGCACUUCUGUCCAAACAUCCGGAAUUGCUAAUUGGAUUGGGCUGCUGCAUCAGUUUUAAUUAUUUAAAAAAAAAAAAGAAAGAAAUAACAGGGCUGGGAGCUUGUGUGCUACCGUUAGAUGUAUGCUGUAUGUGUACAGAAGAAUCCCAGCCGCUGGGGUGUUGAAUAUAUCGCCCCAAAAAAAAAAAAUAAAGUAACAAAUCUGAGACAAACCAAGGUGGCUCAAAUUGCUGAGCCCUUGGGGAGGAGCAAAACAGAUAGAAAGUGGCUGUAAACUUUGCUGUAGAUAUGUUGAGAACAUAGUAGAAAUGUCUGUUCAAAUUAAAACCUUGAAGACUCUAAAAAGUUCUUUAAUUACA